AUGGUCUCCCGGGGGCUGCCCUGGGCAGGGGGAAGGGGAGGGUCACCUGGGCGUGGCGCUCCCGCCCCCCUGGGCAGACCCCGCUCCUCCCCCCUCCGACACGACACGGACAGAGCCCCGGGCCCGGGGGCGGCUCGCCCCGAAAGGGCCCCCGCGCAUGGGCUCGGGGGUCGGGCCGGGCGGCGGCGGCGGCGGCGGCCGCUCUCACCGGGAGCCGUCGCUUCAGCCCCUCCUGCGGCUCCUGCUACUCUUUUCGCUGCCACGUCUCUUCCGGGUGCGGCGCACACUGAUGACGCCACCCCGGCCGCGCGACCCCGUUUCCUCCCCUCCUCCCGGGGCCCCGAGACGCGCGCGUGCGCACUGAGGGAAGGCGUAACCGAACCCUGCGACCCCGCCCCUUCUGCCGGAGCCUUCCUCCUGCGUCACUUCCGGCUUGGCGGGGUAUUCGAACGUUCAGCGCUCUUCGCUGCCGCGCGCGGUUUUCUGUCGGCGCGCGAGCGGGUCGAGAUGUCGGCGAGACGGAGGCGGAGCCGCAGCCGCUCCGGGGCCGCGGGGGAGCGGGGCGGCGGCGGGGCGAGGCGCUCCGGUGAGCGAGGAGGGGGCGAGCGAGCGCGGCCCGAGGGGCCGAAGGCCGGGGGGCGUAGGUGGGGGCGGGGCGGCCCAUUCGGACCUCGGGCUCAGCCUCACCCCCCCCCACCCCCGCCCUGGAUUCUCUCCGCAGUGCCCGCUUCCCCGCCGUCUCCUGCUCCCACGCUGCGGAGGUCCCAGCGGAAAUCUGGGUCUGCUUUUGAAGCCCCUCCCCAGCCUUCCACCCCCGCCCCCAGGACCACCAUCAACCUGAAAAAGAUUGUGCCCCAGACUGCAGAGGCCACCUCCCCCGGAGCCCAGAAGUCCAUCGCAGUGAAGAAGAUCGUGGCCCAGACCCCCGAGGCUGCCCCCCCUGUAGCCAGAAAACCCAUCACAGUGAAGAAGCUGGUGGCCAGGACCACGGAGACCCCUACCUCCCGGGGCCGCAAGUCUGCAGCCAAAAAGAACAUGUCCCCGUCUACAGAGGUCACACUUACGGAGAAGGAGAACUGUCCCCCUGUACAGGAAAGUGCCCCCCUUGAUAAAGGCAGCUCUCCUGUCACCGCGGGCCCAGCUCUGGAAGUGACUGCCACAAUGCUAGGCCCUCUGACCCCUAAUGCUGUCACCAGGCCAGAUCUCAUGGAUGCCAGAGACCUGGAGAUGUCCAGGAAAGUCCGGCGUUCUUACAGCCGCCUCGAUGACCUGGGCUCCGGCUCCACCUCGACGCCCAACUACCGACGGCGCUCCUUCUUUGGCUUCGACAGACUGCUCUCAGGAGAGGAGCUGGAGAACGUCUCCCCUGUGGUGGAGAAGGAGCCAAAAAGCCAAGCAGUCGCCCCCACCGCUGAGCCCUGGGGGCCGGACUUCACCCUGCCUGGCAUCACCAUGACCAAGGAGAAGCGCCGGAAGAGGAAGGCGCCCGAGAUCUUGAAAUCAGAGCUGGACGAGUGGGCGGCUGCCAUGAAUGCCCAGUUUGAGGCUGCGGAGAAGUUUGAUCUCCUGGUGGAGUGAGGUGGAUGAAGAGGGGAUGGCUGGACUGGGCCGGACUGCCCCCUCCUGUACAUAGUACUCGGCCGCCAUCGUUGGCUGCCCCCUUUGCCCGUGGAGAUGUGCCCCUUCUCUGGGGGGUUGGCGCUUGCCCUUUGAGCCGCCCUGGGUCCUUCUACCUCGUGGACGCAGAUGGGGACGUCGCUGAGAACUGCCUUGUUACUGCCCGCUUUUCGUAGCUCCCCAUCCAGUAGAUGCCGUGCAGACAGCUCUUGGGCUCGUCCCACUAUGUCCUGAGGUGCUUCGUUUCCCCUUCCCCAGGUUUUAAUCAGGAAGAAUAAAGGCGGCAGUUGGAACCCACGGAAGUGUUAGGAAGCAGGCUGUCUGGGAAGAGAGCUGGGGGUGGGGGGAGCAGGGCCCUGCCGCUGGCACAUCCUCGGUCAGCAUCUCCCUCUUCCCUCCUCUCCUCUCGUCCCCACCGGUUUUCCUGGGGGUGGGGAAGGCCUUGCCAUUGCUCCUGGGAGGUAGGAGCCAGGGAGAUUGGCUUCAGCCUGAGCCCCCUCCCCCAGGGUGCUGAGGUCUGCGGGCACCCUCUGCGUAAGGGUGUGGCUUUGUGCUCCCCCAUAGGCCCAGCCCCUGCUGGUUCCUUCUGGUGAGGAAGUUGGUAAACUGAUGGGACGGGUGUGUUGGGUCAAGGUGAAUCACCCCCUCUUAGAUGACCUUCCCAGAGGAAGGGACACAGGACUAGAUGGCCAGCCCCCAGGCCACAGCUGGACGCUCCCAGAAGCACAAGGGAGACUGCUGAGCUUCCUGGCCUGCGGUCUGUUUGGUGCCCAGUGGGGUGAGAGUUUUCCAGCCGACCCCCAGGCCGCAAUACCCAAUGACCUUACUGCAGGCUCGGCCUAGGCCGGUGGGGUCACGUUCAAAUAGAAAGAGGCCCAAAUGAACGUUGUUGAUGUUAAGUUUUGUUUAUUUUGUUAACAAUUUCUCAAUUACAUUUUUUCAUUUUAAUUUUUUA